GUAAAGCCUUCCUGCGUGCUCGUCAGAUGAAUGUGGACAUCGCUACCUGGGUCCGCCUGCUGAGGAACGCCAUCCCCAGUGGGAGCAACACGCCUGCCUACACUCCCAGUUUCUCAAGCAACACACUCACACACAGCACAGGAGAAAUCUCAGUGGAGAAGCUGAAUCUGGGCAGCGACUCUCCACCCAAAGCUGAAAUCAGGAGAGACGUGGUGGACUCGCCCGCUCCUUUGGUGAGUGAGAGGGAGAGAGGGAUGGAGGCCAAAGAGGAAGGGAAGCAGACAGAGGAUUUUCAGACGGGGAAAAAGAUGGGCAUCUUUACACUAUCAUGUUACUAUUUUGCUCACUUCCUACCUGCAAACUUUGGCUCGGAAACAGUGCUGUAG